AUGUCUCUGGUUCGGGAGAAACGUUUACAACGUGAAUGGGACAUCCUGCAACGACAACCGCCCCCGUAUGUUCACGCUUGGCCGCGCUCGCCGGACUCGCUCGAAGUCUUCGAGGCGCUGAUAGAGGGCGCCCCCGACACGCCGUACGCAGGCGGGCGCUUUCGUGUCGAGGUCACCGUACCAGAGCGGUACCCCUUUGAACCACCCAUCGUUCGAUUCCAGACUCGGGUCUAUCAUCCGAACAUCGAUAGCGCUGGGAGAGUUUGUCUCGACUUGCUGCAGAUGCCGCCGCAGGGGAGCUGGCGACCCAGCGCGAACCUUAUCGCCGUCCUCGCGGCACUGCAGCAACUACUGGUUGAACCGAACCCCCAUGAUGCACUCGAAGCUGAUGUUGCACGCGUGUUUCGGACAAAUCGCGCAGCCUUCGACCGGACAGCACGCGAGUGGACACUCCAGCAUGCUCAACAACAGCCGUAG